CAGGAAGAGCGACGCCCAGUCUCUUUCUCGCUUUUGUCAAUGCGUUUUUCUUCGUCUCGCGGUCAGAAGAAGCCAGCCCUCCCCUUGCAGCGUUUAUGGCGAGCACUGCAGCGUUGCGUUCAUCUCGCGGCGAGGUUCACAGACAAGGUGCCGCGCUCUCUGUCAGCUCUUUCCAGCUUUCUGUUGAAUUCUGUGUCGAGACUGUGCGUCUCUCGAUACGGCCUUGUCUUCUGCUCUGAGUGGAAAAGCCGAGCUGGCCUCUUGCGCGGCGCGACGAGCACGGACCGCCGAGUCGCUGCGCCUUUUUUCUUUUAAGCCUUUCUGUGAAUGAACCGUAGCUGAUCCUGGCACGGCGAGUCGUUUUCUCGCUAACUUCUCUCAACGAAAAGGAACAAAUUCACACCGCGGAAACAAGGACCAUCUCACGCCGUUGAGGAGUCUUCUGAGACUGGCACCUUGAACGCCCAUUUCUUCUUUUUUCAUCGCCACAGGCGUUCUGGUGGGGGUCCACUGGAUGCGACAGCCUCUCUCUGUUCAGUCGUCGCUAGCGCGAAUUGUGUCUUGGCAGGUCUUGCGCAGCAGGCUGGAACUCCCUCUUCUCGCCUCGCUUGGUCGCCUUACAGCUCGGGUGCUAGAUUCGCUUUCCUUAGUUUGACCCCGUUCUUUUGCUUUCUGGUCCUCUUUCGGCGGAUUGCAACGCCUACUUCUCCCUUACUUGUCUCUUCGUCUUCGCGGCCGUCCCCAAAUGCAAGAUCCUUUCUGCAUGGGGGCUUCUCCACUAUGGCAGGUUAUCGACUGUUCACUGCCUAUUCGGUCGCGCCAUUGUCUGUCUUUCAUCAGAGAUUCUUCGACUUUCCUGAGUCUCCGUCUUCGUUCGAUCUCUCAGCUAGCUCGACCGUUUCCUAUCCAGUUCUCCUCCUGUAGGAAUCCUCUUCGCUUCUUUGACGUUGUCCGAGUGCCCUGUCCCCCGACUUGACGUUCUUUCUCUCCUCUCCUCCUCCGUCUCUGGUCGAUGUUCAAAGUCGUUCGCCUCUCCUCCACUUCCUAGUCUGUUUGUUUAUUGCAUGCACCUUGAAACCAGCUUCUCCAACACUGCGUCGAUCUGUGUCUCCCAUCUCAAGCCGGUCUCCACUUCCGUGCUCCCCUGUCUUUCCAGCUGUCCUCAUCCUCUUCUUUCUUUCUUUUUUUCUUCAACUUUCUUUCCCCAAUUUGGUGGUUUGUCUUCUCUGAUCUACCAAUCGAGCUUUUCGCCUUUCUUGCCUUUUCCUCGUCUCUCUUGCUUCUCAUGGUUCUUCUCCAGUCCUCGUGCUCUCACCAUGAAGAAACUGUUGAGUCUCCAGCUGGGCGGCUCCGGCCACCCCACAAUGAGCAGUCCCUCGAGGGCCAAGUCUCCUCGAGAGACAGGAGACAGGGGGGAAGGCGAGGAGGAGACAGCCUCGGUCGCCGGACUGGGCGACCUCGACACUCUCUCUCUGUCAAGACGAUCCUCAGUCCGAACCAGCAACGUUCCGCUCACGCCUCACGGCCGUACUGAAAAGCCAUGCAAAUGCUGCGAAAAAGGAUGUUCAGUGGUCGGGCGUUUGCGACAGCAACUCCAGAACCUCCGCGAGGAGAAGACGCAACUGGAGGACAUGAUUUCCAUGCAGACGGCGACUCUUCAUCAAAUCGACCAGGACGGGAAGCAGCUCGAGCAGCUCUCGACAGAGCGCCUCGAAAGCCAGCGGAAACUGGCAGAAAUCCUUCAAGAUGAACGCAGGUCGACAGAGGAACGACUCAAAGCGGCCACUGACGCAGUUGCCGACCUGCAGAAGCAGCUGAGACUCACUCAGCAGCGCGCCGAGGAGGAGAGAGAAGCGUUGCGAGAGGCAGUCCGCGAGCAGACGGCGGAGGCGACGAAGGCGGCGACACUGGCCGCGCAGCUCGAGACUGACUUGGAGCUCACGAGACGCUCUCUCCUGGAGCAGACUGCUCUCACCGCCGCCGCCGCUGCCGCGCAGGCCGUUGUUGCGACGGAGCGCGACGAGGGCGACAAGCAAACGAAACUGCAGACCGAAAUUGUUCGUCUUGAAGAAGAAAAAGGCGUCCUCGAAAAGACACUGUUAGAGGAGAGGAAGAAGUUGGAAGAAGAAAGAAACGAGUGGAAGAUGCAUCGAGCCGAAAUGGAGAAAGGAAAGCAGGAGGCGAUAGAGAAGGCGGUUGAGGAAGAGAGGAAGAAGAUGGAACAGGAGAGAGAGGAAUGGCAGAAACAUCGAGCCGAAGAGGAGAAAGGGAAGCAGGAGGCGAUAGAGAAGGCGGUUAAGGAAGAGAGGAAGAAGUUGGAAGAAGAAAGAAACGAGUGGAAGAUGCAUCGAGCCGAAAUGGAGAAAGGAAAGCAGGAGGCGAUAGAGAAGGCGGUUGAGGAGGAGAGGAAGAAGAUGGAACAGGAGAGAGAGGAAUGGCAGAAACAUCGAGCCGAAGAGGAGAAAGGGAAGCAGGAGGCGAUAGAGAAGGCGGUUAAGGAAGAGAGGAAGAAGAUGGAACAGGAGAGAGAGGAAUGGCAGAAACAUCGAGCCGAAGAGGAGAAAGGGAAGCAGGAGGCGAUAGAGAAGGCGGUUAAGGAAGAGAGGAAGAAGAUGGAACAGGAGAGAGAGGAAUGGCAGAAACAUCGAGCCGAAGAGGAGAAAGGGAAGCAGGAGGCGAUAGAGAAGGCGGUUAAGGAAGAGAGGAAGAAGUUGGAAGAAGAAAGAAACGAGUGGAAGAUGCAUCGAGCCGAAAUGGAGAAAGGAAAGCAGGAGGCGAUAGAGAAGGCGGUUGAGGAGGAGAGGAAGAAGAUGGAACAGGAGAGAGAGGAAUGGCAGAAACAUCGAGCCGAAGAGGAGAAAGGGAAGCAGGAGGCGAUAGAGAAGGCGGUUAAGGAAGAGAGGAAGAAGAUGGAACAGGAGAGAGAGGAAUGGCAGAAACAUCGAGCCGAAGAGGAGAAAGGGAAGCAGGAGGCGAUAGAGAAGGCGGUUGAGGAGGAGAGGAAGAAGAUGGAACAGGAGAGAGAGGAAUGGCAGAAACAUCGAGCCGAAGAGGAGAAAGGGAAGCAGGAGGCGAUAGAGAAGGCGGUUGAGGAGGAGAGAAAGAAGAUGGAACAGGAGAGAGAGCAGUGGCAGAAGCGGCAAGAAGAACGAGAGAAGGAGAACGAGCAAGAUGGGGAGGAGAUGAAACAGAAGCUGCAGAGAGCAAGGGAUGAAAACGAAACUGCCAGGAAACGAGCGACUGAGUUGGAGAGGCUCGUGCGCGAGGAACAAGAGAAGAACAGCAUCUUGGAGACGACCUUGAGAGAGAAGAAGAACGAGGAAGAAGCGCUGAAAAAAGAAGUCGAAGAGGAGAAGCGAGCGCUCGUGAAGGAAGUCGAACGGUUGACCUCUCAAGCUGCUGAAGUUGCGGAUUACAAAGAAGUGACCGAGAAGCUGAAGAAAGUACACCAGGAAAACGGAGAUCUCGAGCUCCGCCUUGAAGCCCUUGCAGACGAGAAGGAAGCAGCCUUGCGCGAGGCCGCCGCCGCCGUGGAGAAGGCGCAAGAGGAAGUGAAGGAUUUGGAGGCCGAGCUGCGACGAAAGGAAACGGAAAUUGUGAUGUUUAGCCGGAGCGCGGACUGGUCAGAAGAGGAGAACGAAGAGGAGAGUUCGCAUCCUGCCGCCGUCAUCCGGCGAAAGUUGAGGCGCAUUGACAAACUGGAAGCAGAGGUGAAGACGAAGGAAGCUGCUCUCCAGGAUUUGGAGGAGAAGCUGAACUCGCUUCUCGCGAGUCAGAGUGCAGCGACUGUGAAUCUCGCGGCAAAAGAGGAAGAACUUGCAGCCGUGAGGAAAAUGAACGAACAACUGCAGCGAGAGUUCGACGUCCUCAAAGAAAAACAAAAGGAGAAACCAAAGGGUGUGGCGAGUCUUGAGAAGGAGAACGCUGCGUUGCAAGAGAGGAAUCUUGUGCUCGCCCAGGAACUCGCUGACCAGGAGACGAAGGCCGCACAACUCGAGGUCAGACUGCAUGCAGCUGAAGCGGCCCUCGCCGCGACGCGCGAAGAAGCCUCGGCUCGUGUAUCUGAAAAGCGAACUCAGGACGACGAAGAAAUCCAGAGGCUCUCCAAGGAGCUCAUGGAGGCGCAGACACAACUCAGAGAGCAGCGCUCCAGGACUGGCAGCGAAUGGAAAGUCACGACGCUGGUGCAGACCAAUACCGAGUUGAUCACAAAGUUGGCCAAAGUCGAGGAAGACCUGGCAGCCGAGCGACGCACGGCCGGACAGCAACGCGAAGCUCAGGAGGCUCUCAUGAAGCAAAAGAGCGAGCAAGAAGAGAAGCUUCAAACGCUCGUUGCUACAAAUGCGCAACUCGUCAGCGAGCUCGCAGCGAAGGAGGCAGAGGCGAGUGAAGCGGGCAAGCGGCUGGGAGUCGCCGAAGCGAAGCUGCUCGACUUCGAGGCUCUUCAGAAAACUGCAGACAAGGAGGCGACGGAGAAACGCAAGCUGCAGGCUUCCAAUGAGAGUCUUCGCAAGAAGGUCCAGGAGCAGGAGCUGAAGGUGAACGCGCUCCGCGAGGCGGAAGAGACGGCGAGGAGAGACCAGAGGAAAGCGAAGGAGGACCUCGAAGCAAAAGCACACGAACUUGCCGAAAUGCACAAAACGCAUGCAACAACCGUCGAAGAACUUGCCAAGAUGAAGGACGACGUAGCGGGUGCGAAUCAGAAGGCGAGAGAGGUCGAGGCCUCUCUCCAGGCGUCGCUCUCGGCGGCACAGGCACGUGUGGUUGAGAAGGAGAAACGAAUUGCUGAGGUGGAAGCGCAUCUCCGUGACUCGAAAGAGACAGAAAAGCGAGAGCAAGAAACCGCAGUGGCUGCACUUCAGUCCGAGCUGGACAGCUUGAAGACCCAGCUUGCUGACGCACGAAAUACGCAAGUUGCUCAGGCAGAUGCGGAUGAAAAGGUUCAGCAACUCAUCGCGGCGAAUAGCGCACUGGUCACCGAACUGGCAGACAGAGAGAGGGAACUCGCCGACGUCAAGCGACAGCUGGGGAAGCUCGAAGCGAGUGACGCGACGCGCGCUGAGGUCCAGCCGUCUGCAAGUGCAGACGCAGCGAUGCCGCGACUGCUGAUUCUGAACAGCGAGCUGACGUCUCAGCUGGCUGAGCAGGAAGAAGAGGCGCGGCGCUCGAGGCAGACGGCGGAGGCCCUGAAGAAAGAGAACGAAGAGCUUCGCUCGACUGUCGAGGAACUGCGGCGUCGUGCGGGAGAAGAAGCUGCGCGAACGCGACGGGGAACCCAGCAGCCUGACGCGCGCGCAGAGGAAAUGCGAGUUCUCCUCGCCGCAGAGAAGGAGAGGCGCAUUCAAGCUACUCUGAAACUCAAGAGACAACUGGCGCGAGCAGAGGAAGCACGAUCCCUGUUGGAAGGCGAACGCGACGCGGCCGUCGCAGCGCUGGCGGACGCACAGCGCCGACAUGUUUCUUCUUUUUCUCCUCUAGCGCCUGAAAACGCCCCAGACACAGACUCCGCGCCGACAUCGGAGACGCAGGCGAGGAGAGAAGAUCGAGAGGAAACUCCGAGAGCAACGGAGGCAGACGAGGAGUCCAGAGCGACAGCCGACGGAGAGGACGACUCUGAGAAGGACCGAGUUUCCAGAUUCAAACGCGAAGUGAAAAGUCUCCGAGACGCAGGCGCAGACAUCAGCGCUCUCGAAGAGGCAUGGAUGCUGCAGCGGCUGCGCAGAAAGCCAAAGGAAGCGGAAGAAGCUGUCGCGACUCUCAAGCGAGAGUUCGAGAUGCGGCGGACAGCCGGCACCACGGGCGCGCCAGACUCCUGGGUGCAGUCUCGAGGUCCUGCGCGCAACGGCUUCGAGGCGAUCGGCGAAGAAGAGGACAGGGACCGCGUCACUUUGACAAACGCAGAGAUCCCGUUCUUCGGAGGAGACGGACUGUCCAUUUUGAGUGUCUUGGGUCCCUCGUGCUCGGAGCUCUCGGCGCCUCCGUUCCCCCCUGCACAGAAGCAUAUGCACCUCGGCGUUUCUGCGUCCGUCUCCUCUCCUCGCUGGUCGGGCGUCUCGGCCGCGGCUCCGCGGUCCACUGCGCCUCUCCCAGUCCCAGACUUCUUCACUUCUGUGUCUCUGUAUCGCCAUGACUUGCCCGCACCGACGUCCCCCCUCUGCAAGGCGGGAGCGCGCCUCGCGCCUGCGCUUCAGAGUCCCGAGGAAGCGAUGAGAAAUCCCUUUCCACUGAUUGAGGCGCUGGCGGCGACCUACACAGAACGCGCCUUCUUGUCGCCGGCCUGCAGGGAGUCCUCCGCCUGUCUCUCGUCGCCUCUCGACCUCGACGCAGACUCGUCGCCUGCGCCUCUGUAGUCCUUCUUCGCUCCGCGGUCGUUCGCGGCGCGGACAUCCAGACGCAGCGACUGUGCACUCCGCGGGGGAACUCACUGGCCGCUGGACGCGCCCAGCAGCGGAGAAUCGGACGGCGAGGACCAGGGUGCGAAGACGCGACGGAUCCACGUAGGGCAGGAAGACUUCCAGGCGUUUGCAGACGAUAACGCGGCACAAGAAGAGAGAGGAGAGAGAGGAGAGAGAGUCGACCCAAGUGUGGACUUGAAGGCCCAGGAAGCAGAGCCUCAGGAAGAAGUCGCGUUGGAGACAUGGCAUGGCGGUGAAUCUCGCGCAGGCUCCGGGGAGAGACUGGAAAAGGUGGAGGAAGGCGAUGAAGGAGAGCAAAGGAAAGCCAGAGGUCUCCGGCUGCGUCGCCGCACGAAAAACGGAGACCUGAAACGUCUUCCGAACAACUCCGAGAAUACAUGAGUCUCUAGAAAUCCCCAAAAACAAUCUCAUCGCCUUCGCAUUCUGCGUCGAUGCAUGCAGAUGUAUAUACUUAUUAUGCACGCGGUCAUCUGUAACCGUGUGAACAUGCAUGAAUAUUCAUACGCAUACACGCGCG